AUGAAGCCCUUCGGCAAGCUCGCACUUGCGAUUGCCAGUCUCCUAAUUAUCCCAUCUGCCAUAGCCGAAUCGAAACGGCGGAACCCGCUCCAUACCUUGACCCGCCUCGAAUCGCCAGUCAUCGUCGCGCCCUCGCACCGAAUCCAUGCCCACUCUCACUUCCAGGCAACCUUCUCCCUGCCCGACUCACAACAGAAUGUGAGGUUGUCGCUCGAGCCCAAUCACGACGUCGUCGCAGAAGGCGCCACCGUCACCUACCUGGGCGCAGAUGGCAAGGUCCAGAGGACCGAGCCAAUCGAGCGUCUAGAUCACCGCGUAUACAAGGGCCAUGCUUUUAUUCAGUAUGCAGGACAGACUGAGUGGGUCAACGCUGGUUGGGCAAGGAUACAUGUCCACAGGGACGGCCCCGAGCCCCUUUUCGAAGGGGCAUUCCAGCUGUACGGCGAUUAUCACCACAUCCAGACCAACACGAAUUACCAGAAGACACGCUUGAGGGAGGAUCCCGAGAUCGAACCGGCUUCCGACGAGUACUUGAUCUUGUGGAGGGACUCGGAUCUCAAGUCCGACCUUGAGACCCACGGCCCCGAUGAGCUCAAGCGAGCGCUGGCCCAGAAGGAGACGUGCACCUCAGACCACCUGGAAUACAACGCCGAUGAGAACCACCCCAUCUACCGCAGCCUGGACGGUCUCGAUGGCUUCAGCGGUGUCGAGGAAAGGUCUUCUUGGUCCUCGAUGGCUUCGAACAUGCUCUUUGGACGGCAGAUGGACGGCACGACGGGUGGCAACGGUGCGGGCGCUAACCUGAUCUCAACCAUCGGUUCCACUUCGGGGUGCCCAACCGCCAGGAAGGUGGCUCUGAUCGGUAUUGCCACCGACUGUACAUACACGGCCGAUUUCGACGGCAAUGAGACAGCCAUCAGGUCCAACAUCAUCAACCAGGUCAACACGGCCUCCCAGCUGUACGAGAGCACGUUUGAUAUCUCCCUGGGGAUUCGUAACCUCACCAUCAGCCCCCAGGCCUGUCCCGCCACCCAGAAUAAUGACGCCCCGUGGAACAUUGGCUGUUCUGACUCCGUCACGAUUACCGACCGCCUCAACCUGUUCUCGCGGUGGCGCGGCCAGCACGAGGACGGCAAUGCAUACUGGACCCUGAUGAGCAAGUGUGGCACCGACUCAGCAGUCGGUCUGGCCUGGCUGGGCCAGCUCUGCAUGGUCGGCUCCUCGUCGUCGUCCGGUGGCAGCAACGAGACCGUCGCAGCUGCCAACGUUGUGGUCAGGACGGAUGGGGCUACCGAGUGGCAGGUUUUUGCGCACGAGACAGGGCAUACCUUUGGUGCCGUGCACGAUUGCACGUCCGCGUCGUGUUCGGAUGGCACGUCCACUAGGCAGCAGUGCUGCCCGCUCAGCUCUGGCUCGUGUGACGCGAACGGCCGCUUCCUCAUGAACCCCUCCACCGGAACAGGUAUCACACAGUUCUCAGCAUGCAGCAUCGGAAACAUCUGCUCAGCUCUGGGCCGCCAGAGCGUCCAGAGCGGUUGCUUGACCAACAACAGGGAUGUCACGACCAUUACGGGGAGCCAGUGCGGCAAUGGUAUCGUGGAGUCGGGAGAAGACUGCCAGAUCCAGUGCGAGAGCGGCGGUGUCUGCUACGAGCUUCAACAGAACUUCCUGGACGGCACGUCCUGUGGUGGUGGCGGCAAGUGCAGGAACGGAGUAUGCCGCGGCGCGAGCGCCGGCGACGAGAUCCUGUCGUGGAUCCACGACAAUCCACAGAUCUUUUAUCCUGUUAUGUCGCCGGAGCCGCCGGAGAGCCGCGCCGUCGAGGGCGCCGAAACCCCCAGCAGGAUGGGGCAACAUCCCUCCACCGCCGCCUGUUAUGAGCCGGGGGCCCAGGCCGAACCAGUAUAUGGGCGGCCCCCCGCCAAUAUAUAA